AUGGAGGAACAGAAGAAAACGAUAAUCUGCCUUGGAGAUGGGCUGGGUGAUUUCUGCCCAAGUUUGAAGCUUGGCGAUGGAGACUAUUUAAUGCCAAGGAAGGGUUUCCCAGUUUGGGACUUGAUUUGCAAAAACAGGAGUCAAGUAAAGACACAUAUAUGCGAGAGGAGCAACGGGGAGGACUUUGAACAUGUGCUGCUCCACCUUAUUACCAGGAUUUCCAUCCAAGGAAACAACACUAGUGCCAGUUUUGGUCAUCUCUAUUCACUUGAUUUCAAAUCAGGAACCAUGCCGUUGCCAGCCACCACUGCUCAUGAAGCCUUCCCUCAGGCCCUUCAUGUUUUUCAUUAA